UAAGGCUUGAGCAUCAUAUAAUAAUAAAUGCGUCAUGCCAAAUUGUCUAGUUAUCACUAAACUGAAGACGAUCACAAAAAGCACGAUCCGACUUAUAGUUUUGGUGUGAUUGUGCGGAAAAUAAAGUCAGAAUUUAGAGUCUGCAGUAAGUCCAUAUACCUUCCAGGUUUUCGUUACCUUACGAGUAUGAUGUACGCUCAACGUCAUUUAUGUAUGUAGAUAUGUAUUUUUUAGCAGUCUCUAAGAAUUGCUUUCACUACCUCGAACCACAAUACGUUGAUUGUAGAAUGACUUCAUAAAAAAUUAAAUUUCAAUCAUAACACCUGUUCCGUGAUAUUUUAUUGAUCAAGGUUCAUGAAAACUUAUAAAAGACAGUGGUGUAUACGGAGUUUCACCAUAUCUAUUACUUGUGGUAUACAAAAUAACACCUACAUUGACCUUCAUUUGUAAAUAUUCUAAAUUUUAAAAUGAAAGCCUUAUUAAUUUUGGUAUUUGGAAUCUUAUAUCAUUUAGCUUUAGGUGACUAUAAUGAUAACUAUCAAUUGAUACUUGGCCCAAAAAGAUUGUUUACUAAUGAUAAUAAUCUGCGUGCAAAUAAUAAAUAUAUAAAACUAAGUUCCGAAAAAGUAGUUCAAAGAAAUGAUGGAAAGAAAAGUCACGAAAAUUUACACACAGGAUCCAAAAAAAGACUGGUCGACCCUGUAUUCCAUGGACACCCAAAAACUAAGGAAGAAGUAUGGCAUGAAAACUUUCUUAAUGAAAGUAAAAUCUUUGAUCAAAAUCCGUCACUUAUUAAAUUAAUUCAUAAUAUAACUUUAACUUAUUUGAGUGAGUGUACAACGGUAAUUCUAUAUGAUGAUCAAAUAAAAUCCCACGAAAGCCAACUGUUCCAAGAAUUAUUCGAAAGUUUUCCUGUAACUUUUGUCCAUGGAUACAUAGAUGAGAAUGAUCGUGUACAAGAACCUAGAUUGUUACAAGCUAAUCAAGAAUGCCUUCAUUUCAUUUUAUUUCUUACUGAUGUUCAAAAAAGUGGUAAGGUCUUGGGGAAACAAUCCGAAAGUAAAGUUAUAGUUGUUGCAAGAUCUUCUCAAUGGGCAGUGCAAGAAUUUUUAUCAGGGCCUGUAUCGAGAUUUUUUAUUAAUCUACUUGUUAUCGGGCAGAGCUUCAUAGAUGAUGUUCAUUUGGUAAGAGCAUUUAUAACGAUUUUAAGUGAUUUUUUUUUAUAAAAAUAAAUUACCCUAUCAACCAUAACGUUCUUGAAAUUAACGUGUUGAAUGUCCCUUCUUCCAUCAUCAUCGUCAUCAUCAACCCA